AUGUUUUCAAGCUGUGAAUAUUUAUUCCAAAUAGUGCUGUCAUACAGUAGUAUAAAACAUCACUUCAGAUGUGUACAUAAUGGCUAUGCAAAGCUGGAUGAAUACAGAGGAGUGUCACAGCAUGGCCAGGAAAAUCAGCAUGAAAACAGAUCAUUAAUAGAAGACUAUGCUGAUUCCAACAAGAUGGAAUCUAAUAGCACAGAUGAAGACACUGAAAUGGAAGAACUUGACGCUGAGACCCUGUUGGAAAAGGCCAAACAGAGUCUUGAGGAGCUGAGAUUGAAUGAUGCAGAGCGGCAGUUUCUGAAAUGCACCUUCCUGUUGCAGGAAAAAGCAGAGGAUAACACAAGAGCUUUAAUUGAAGCAUAUAUUGGUUUAUCAGAGGUGUGUACUCGUCAGAGCAGGGCCUUUAGGCAGAGUCCAUUGGAGUGGUUUUGGUUGUGUGUUCAUGCUUGUACUCUCCUUGGGGAGGUGGUGGAUAUGUGUGCAGCAGAACUUCACACAGAGACAGACAAUCAGAGUGUCGAAUGGUUCACUGCCCAGAGUAAGUUUGCAGACUCUAGAGCACAAUCGUUAGUUGAGGUCCUGGGAAGAACUCUGUUCAACUGGUUGAAAGAGGACUGGAGACAGGUGGACCCACAUCACAUAACAAAUCUGAUUCAUUCCAAGACACCGCUGACUCCUCAUUCUCGUUACCCUCUUUCCGUUUCACCACAUUUGAUAGGUGGCCUGCGGCCGUAUCAUUCAGGGUAUAUGAAUCAUGCAUUCAGCAUUGAAAGUCUACAUGAGCCACCUCUGAAAGGAGGCCAUACUUCAUUAGGUAACAUCAAUUGGUUCAGCAGAAUUCAGAAAUACUGCCAUCUUAGGCUUGAGAGUACAAAUGUUAAAGACAUCAUGACAGAAAUUUGCAGCAUCAAGGAAGUGGAUGAUAGUUCACCAUCAAAUCAGAAGGUGGAAAUUGAAACAAUAUCUGAAGAGACUGAAAUAGAUCUUGCCAAAGAAAUAACGAGUAUUGAAUUAGAAAGAAAAGAAUGUGGGGAUGAAGAAGAGGAGGAGGAGGAGGACAUUUUUGAUUCAAAGACUUACACAGCUGCAGAUAUAAAUGAAAAAUCUAGAAUAGAUUCCAUAGUGAAAGACUAUUCUCUCAUGUACGAGCUUGCCUCCAGUGAUGUGGAUACUAGUGGGUGGGACUUUUUUCUUGAGAAGCGUAAAAAUUGCAUUGUUGAAAGUGUAGUUGAAAUUGUCUCAGAGACAAGGGUGCCAGAUGAUAGUGAAGGAAGUGAAAUUGUUCCCACAAUAGUUGAAACAGUAGUUCAAAAACUUAUUCAAACUGAAGAAUAUUCUACUGCAGAAAAUCUUUGUGAAGAAAUUCUUCAGAUCAUUGAAGAUAUUCAAGAUGGGACUGUCAAAUUGCUUCGUUUCAGUGCUCUUCUACUUCAGAACACAGGUAUGUUGUGUUUCCGCCAAGGCAACAGGCACAAUGGCAUGAAAAAUUUGAAAAAGGCACUUAAAAUUUAUAAAGACCUUCAAGAUGUUGAAGCCCAUAAAGAAGUGGCCCGGGUUCUGAUUGACCUUGGUAAUGCAUAUGCAAAUGAUCUCAAUGAUGACACACUGUAUGACAAAGUAAUUGCAGCAAUCUGUGAAUUUUUUGAAAGGGAAGCAUCUGAUGAAGAAAAUACAGGCGGUUCUACGCCAGAAAAACCCACAGGCAAUGAGUCACCAGAAGAUAUUGAGCAGCAGAAGCGGAUUACUGAAGCAGUGACCUGCUAUACAGAAGCCCUCCAAGUUUUAGAGAACAAUGAAGAAACACAGCAGCAAGUCAUUGCCAUGGCAAUGAGAAAACUCGGCGACUGUCACUUUGUUCAGAAAGAAUAUACAGAGGCACUUGACUGGUAUGAGAAAGCUCUCAAGCUUCAUCGCAAUUCUGGCUUCCAUGGAAAAGAGUCAGUUCUGGAGAAUGCUCAUGUUUUAAGCAUGCUGGGUGUUUCGACUUUCAUGCUGCAUGUGUAUCCCAGAGCUUCACAUGUUUUCGAACUUGCCCUUCACAUGAUCAAGCAUGCCCACGGGUUGACAUUGUACACGUUUCACCACAGCUUGGUAUUGUCACUGCUGGGUAUCACCUACUACAAAAUGAAAGCCUACCACAAGUGUGUGUCCAUGUGCUCCAGAGCAUUUGAAACAUUUUGGAAUCUGUACGAUGAAAAGAUUGCAGAACUUCCGCAGCAAAGGUUCUGGUUGGUCUGUCAGAACCUGUAUAUUCUAGGCAAUACAUACAAUGUUCUUAGCAUGCAUCAUAAAGCCACAAAGUUUCUGGAAAUUGGGAGAGCCUUCAUGAAGGAGUCUUUAGUUGGUGAAAAACGACAACACAUGCGCAUUCUGCAGAUUCUGGGUGACUGCUACUUUGCACAGUACGACUACAAGACAGCUCUUACUUACUACAAUGAGGCCUUAGAUAUUGGUGACAAGGUUUCAUCAUCAACAGAAAGUGAAGCCUUUGAGAGGAUGGAGGAAAGUGUCAGCAGUAACAUGACAACCUCUACAGAAAACCUGGACAUGGCCCUCCACAACCAGCUUCUGAGCCGCUCUGCUGAUGCCCACAUUAGCAUGAAGCAAUACCAAAAUGCUGUUCACUAUCUAGAACAGGCAAGGGACAUUCAGGAUGUGCUGGAGGAUGACAUCAAAGGAGAUUUGGUCAGUACCCUUCACCAACUUGGCCAGAUGCAUUCCAUGGCAGGAGAUGUGGACAAGGCCAUUGAGUCUUAUAAAGAAAGCUUGGAAGUGUUCAGAGAGCUACAUUAUGGCCAGCUGGCACCAGAAAUGUGUAUUACCUUGGGCAACCUGGCCACUAUGUGCUACGUUAAAGCCUGCAUUUGUGAAGACAUUGACAGUGAAUUAGACAUGAUUCUCUCUGCUGAGCAAUAUUUCCAG